AUGACCUACCCAACUAUUGAGAACCAACCUGUUAAAACGUUCAAAGUUCUGUUCGUCAACCAAGACUCCUCGGAGAAAUUGAAGUUUGUACAGCUAGAUCAUCCUAGAUUGAACGAACGGUGUGAUUACCUUUACGAUGAGCAAAAUAAUCAACUAUACGAACUAAAAAGGUUCAAUGGGGAACACGAUAAUCCUCAUUCGAAGAAACACAGAGCUGUAUACGACCAUAGGGGAUUCAUGAUAAGAUCGUUAAUAUUUGCCGAAAAAGAGUCCAUUGACGGGUAUGUCGUGGAAAACAGUGAAAUAUUAGUGGCUACAAAGUUCAAUGUUAUCUAUCUGCUGUUGAAAUACUUCAUAAUGACAGAGCUGCGGGGUAUGAACAUUAAUGAACUGGACGAGAGCAAUCAAAGCGGGAGAUUCUUAAAUUUUGACGACUUAAUAGAACAACUGCAGGAGAAUUCGGUCUUCCAAGGUCUGCCAGAGGAAUUUUUCGGCAGUCUUGAACCAAGUCUAAGUGAGAUUUGCAAGGUCAUAAGAGAAGGCGACGAGAAUUAUUAUAGAGUGUCGCCAGCAGCUAUUUUUCAGUUCUUGAACCGAAAGGUGGAAGCACUGCAGAAGAAUCUACUAGAAACCGAAAACACAGUUAAACAGUUCCUCUCUUCGAAGUUGAGCAAACCAAUCGAUCAAGGCUCUACCAAAGAGGAGGAAGUUCCCCUAGAGAUCCUCGACCUUGCAACCAAAAGAGCAGCAGUUCAACUCAUAUCGACAUACUUACCUCAAAGCCUAGGAAAUUGCCUUUUGGGACAAUUUGAAAAGGAUUGGGAGACAUUAUCUAAUCAUCAACUACUUGUGGAGAAAGCUUUUCAAGAAAGGCAGAUAGCCGAAGAGAACCUUGCGAAAUUGAACGAAAGCAUUGGCAAUUCCAGCUCCUAUUUUGGUAAACGCAAGAAUCAAAAGACGCUUGCAGCUCCUAAACCCAAAGUAAAGAAAGUAGCCGUUGGCAAGGGAGCACUGGAUGGGUUCUUUAGGGCCAAAGCCAAGUAG